AUGGCAACUUCCCCUCCCCCCGGCCAGCUCCACCAUACACCGGGCUUAGGUUGUCAAAGUCAAGCACCCAUCCCCCUCAGCGCUUAUCUUUGGGGACUGGACCCUGGAAGUCGCCUUUUAGCCAGUGUUUUCAUUUUUAUAUCCUCGGAUUUCAUCUCUGCUUCUUCCCCCCUUCCAUUGCGAAGGGAGCAGACAUCAAAGCCGUCGACACCUGCGGUCUCUGUUCCUCAGGUCGUUGGUUGUUCUCCUGCCCCGCGCAUCGACGUCGGCGACCUCCGCCUCUCAGCUCAAAGAAUGGCAGACAACCACAGCGGCACCGAGUCUCAUGUGACGAUCCAGCGGCGGACUCACUACUCACCACCGUGGGCAGAUGUCAGCAUCAUUGGUAUUGCUGGCAGUUCUGGCUCUGGAAAGUCGACUCUGUCGCACGCCAUUGUGAGGAAGCUGAAUCUGCCCUGGGUGGUGAUUUUGUCCAUGGACUCUUUCUACAACCCCCUGAGUCCCGAGGAGUCAAAGAGGGCUUUUGACAACGACUUUGACUUUGACGCGCCAGAUGCAAUUGACUUUAACGUACUUGUACAAUGUUUGCGCGAUCUGAAGGCUGGUCUGAAGGCGAGCAUUUCAGACAUCAAUCAUCAAAGGUUGGACAAUACCACAACCAUCUACUCACCUCACGUCAUCAUCCUGGAAGGAAUCUUUGCCCUCCAUGACCCCCGUAUUAUUGAUCUUCUGGAUAUGAGGAUAUUCUGCGAGGCGGAUGCCGAUACGUGUUUGUCACGGAGAGUGUUGAGAGACGUCAAGGAGCGUGGCCGUGACGUAGAUGGUAUCAUGAAGCAGUGGUUCAAGUUUGUGAAACCAAACUUUGAAAAAUUCGUCGAGCCGCAGCGCAAAGUCGCAGACAUCAUCGUGCCGAGAGGUAUCGAGAACCGCGUAGCUAUGGCCAUGGUUGUUCAGUACAUUGAGCGCAAGUUGAUCGAAAAGUCAACCCACCACCGGGCAGCACUCACGCAGUUGGAGUUGGCUGCUGCCAGUGACCCUCUGUCUGACAGAGUCGUGAUUCUCGACCAGUCACCGCAACUGAGAGGCAUGAGCACCAUCAUCCAGGAUAUCGACACCUCUGCGGAAGACUUUAUCUUCUACUUUGACCGCCUCGCGUGUCUUCUGAUCGAGCAGGCACUCAACAAUGUCCAGUUCAGAGAAAAGACCAUUGCCACGCCGCAAGGAUACAAGUACAACGGACUCCAAGCUACGGGCGAUGUAAGUGCGGUGCUGGUCCUUCGUGGCGGUGCCGCCUUUGAGACGGCCUUGAAGAGGGUCGUCCCCGACAUGCGGACAGGCAGAAUCCUGAUCCAGUCCAACGUCCGGACGGGAGAGCCCGAGCUGCAUUAUCUCAAGCUCCCGGAUAACAUUGACUCUCACGAGUCGGUGUUGUUGAUUGACACGCAGAUGGCCAGCGGAGGCGCCGCACUCAUGGCUGUGCAAGUGCUCGUCGACCACGGCGUUGCCCAGGACAAGAUUGUGCUGGCGUGCUAUGCUGCCGGAAGACUGGGUGUACACCGUCUUGCAAAGGUGUUUCCUGGUAUCACUAUUGUUCUGUGCAACAUGCUUGCAGAUAUCGAGGAUCGCUGGGUUGAGAAGAAUUGCGCCGAGCCUGCCUCUGUAGCAAAAUCGAUGAGUGCUCAAGUGGCAACAGGAAAGAUCCUAUUGCAAAAGGCUGGAACCCGUCCCUCUGGAAAAGGCCGCAUGUUCGCCUGCCAGACAGCCUGGAAGAUCCAUUGCCUCGCAUAUAUGUCUCUCGCGGCUCGCCUUGUUCGCACUCUGGCACUCUGGACGGAUACCGGAUUCACGGCUGCGAUUCUCGUCAUUGGCUCCAAAUGCGGCUACAAAUUGGCCGAACGAGACACCGAGAAGUGGACAUGGUGGUGGAGACGUACGGCUCCCGCGGCAGGGGGUCUUUGGACGCCGCUGACUGAGAUCACAAUCGCGGCGCCGACAACGGAACUGAGGUGUUGGGACGAAAGUCCGAGAUUCGUCGUCGGUGACGGCGAUAAUGCGGACGGAUGCUGCUUUUGUAGCAAGACACCUUGGAGAUUAUUCUGGCCUAUCUGGUGUAAUUGCAUGGGAGGCAACCUUCGGCUUAACCGAACAAUGACGUACUUGCUGGAGCUAUCGGCACAAGCCCCUAGGAACCUUUUCAUUUUCGUGACCAUUACGACCUUGAUUUUCUCUUUCUUGGAUAAAUCCAACAACCUCAACUCUCUCUGGUUACCUGUCUCUUGCUGCUUCUUUGCAAUUAUCUACCUUUACUCUAUCACGACCUUGUUCAAGCCUACGCCGAUAUGCAGGCAACAGGUCGCCGCCCUCGCGCAAAGGCGCGCCUUUAUUAGCCCUCCUCCCCAGCGAUCCCGGACAACACCUCCCACCACGCCUCUCGCCAACUUCUUCUUCAACGCCCACGGUCUGCCCAAAGGCACCGCCAUCCGAUCGGUCUCCGGCGCGCCGCCGCCGGCCUCUACUCCGAAACAAAGGUCACGACUCCUCCGCUUCGCGUACGCCAGCGCCGCAUGGCUCGGCGGCGGCAUCAUCUUUGUCGGCCUCGGCGUGGUUGGCUUCUUCAUCUACGAUGCCUCCACUUACAAGGAACACCCGGACCAGAACGAAAUCGAGGUAUCUGAGCUGGCACUGAGCCCCAAGCGAGGCGGACCAAAGAACCUGCCCAUCGCAGAGGUGCUGAUUGACGACCUGGACAACGAACACAUGAAGAGCGCAAAGGAGAAGCCCAAGCUUGUUAUUCUCGGCGGCGGAUGGGGCGGAGUGGCUCUACUCAAGGAGCUCAACCCCGACGAAUACCACGUUACUGUUGUGUCCCCGACAAACUACUUCUUGUUCACGCCCAUGCUGCCCUCUGCCACUGUUGGAACCCUGGAACUGAGAUCACUGGUCGAACCCGUCCGCCGAAUCCUCGCCCGCGUUCACGGUCACUUCAUCCGCGCCAAGGCCGAGGACGUCGAGUUCUCCCACAAGCUGAUUGAGUGCUCUCAACCCGACGCCUUUGGCAACGAAACACGAUUCUAUGUCCCCUACGAUAAGCUGGUCAUCGCCGUUGGAUCUACCACGAACCCCCACGGCGUCAAGGGACUGGAGAACGCCCACUUCCUCAAGGACAUCAGCGAUGCGCGCAAGGUUAGAAACCAAGUCAUGCACAACCUCGAACAAGCCUGCCUGCCGACGACCGCCGACGAGGAGCGCAAGCGUCUCUUGUCCUUUGUCGUCAGCGGUGGCGGUCCCACGGGUGUCGAGUUCGCGGCCGAGCUGUUUGACAUGCUCAACGAGGACCUGACACUUCACUUCCCCAAGCUCCUCCGCAACGAGAUCUCCGUCCACCUGAUUCAGAGCCGCAGCCACAUCCUCAACACCUACGACGAGACUCUCUCCAAGUACGCGGAGGAGCACUUCGCCCGCGACCAGGUUGACAUUCUCACAAACUCCCGCGUCAAGGAGGUCCACCCGGACAAGAUCACCUUCACCCAAAAGCAGCCCGACGGAUCCCUCCUCACCAAGGAACUUCCCAUGGGCUUCUGCCUCUGGUCAACGGGCGUCGCCCAAGCCGACCUCUGCAAGCGCCUCUCCUCCAAGCUCGGCCCCUCGCAGACGAACCGCCACGCCCUCGAGACGGACACCCACCUCCGCCUAAACGGAACCCCCCUCGGCGACGUCUACGCCAUCGGCGACUGCUCGACAGUCCAAAACAACGUGGCCGACCACAUCAUCACCUUCUGCCGCGGCCUGGCCUUCAAGCACGGCAAGGACCCCGAGACCCUCGAGCUCCACUUCAGCGACUGGUGCGAGGUCGCCAACGACGUGAAGCGCCGCUUUCCCCAGGCCGUCGGCCACCUGAAGCGCCUCGACAAGCUCUUUGAGCAGUUCGACAAGGACCAGUCCGGCACCCUCGGCUUCGGCGAGCUCAGGGAGCUCCUCAAGCAGAUCGACUCCAAGCUCACGUCCCUCCCCGCCACGGCGCAGCGCGCCCACCAGCAGGGCCAGUACCUCGCGCACAAGUUCAACAAGAUGGCGCGCACGUCGGACGGGCUGAAGGCCAACAUGGUCCUCGACGGCGACAUCGACUCGGUGGUGUACAAGGCGUUCGAGUACCGCCACUUGGGCAGUCUCGCGUACAUUGGCAACUCGGCCGUCUUCGACUGGGGCCAGGGGUGGAAUUUCGCAGGUGGUUUGUGGGCUGUGUACAUGUGGCGGUCCGUCUACUUUGCGCAGAGCGUGAGCUUGAGGACGCGGAUCUUGCUUGCCAUGGACUGGGCCAAGCGCGGUCUCUUUGGAAGAGGUAUGUUUUUGUCCCCCGUUGAUUUACUCUUUACCAUUGGGCUUGAAGCGGUUGAUGACUAA